AUGGCUGAGAUGGCGUAUAGAUAUCGUGGACUCCGCAUCGGCACCAGCCGCUCCCGCCCUGCUUGGUCGGACGCGUGGAGUGUCAAGGCGCAACCAGCGCACAGUCAUGGCCAUGGGUCCAACGCAUCAUCCAGUGCAGUAGCAGGUCGCUAUCAGGCGUACAAAACGGGAACGCAGAACAUUGCCGACUGGCUUGUCGCCGCUGCAAGCCGUUGUUGCGAUCUCACCACCAUUAUUGCAUCCCGCGAGAGCAGCACAUCUAAGGCUGCGAAGAAGACGCAAGGAGGCCUUGUAGACGUGGCCCUGUGUAGUCAAGAUCUUGUCGGGCUGGCUGAGGCCAUUGCUGACAGCGCCGACCAAGUCAGGAUUCCGCUACGCGUCCUGACCAACCUGAACACUGUCAUCGGAGCACGACAGGAGUUCGCCAACUGGCACUCUUCACGAAAAGAUGCCAGCGAGUUCAGGAAGGAGAACGAUGGCCAUGUUUACUUCAUCAAGGUACUCCAGCGCGUUCACGACAUCUUGAAGGGGGCGCGUAGCAAGCCGCCGGCUGGCGCAGCAGCUUCAGACGUCCUUAGCGACCUUCUCGCAUCCCUACAUGUCGAGGAGCCAGAUGCAUCUCCGUUCAGUACGAACUCCUUGAAAUCCUUCCACCUGAACGCUGCUUCGUUAAAGCUAGACGAGCAGCAAGAAACCAGCGCGUUUGAGCUGUGGUGCUUCCUGCAAGACCUCAACGACGUGCGUCAGGAUGUUCGGGCGAGAUCAGCUUCCUCAUCGCCAGUGCCAUCACCGACACGGCUUUUGGUCUACUCAGAUGUGCAGAUGCAGAGUUCUCAGCGACCAGCUCUCUUGAACAUGUCCUGGCUGCCGCCCACCUCUACAGAUGUCUUCGCGCAAUGGGUGUCAUGA